AUGAAUCCAGACAACUUCAAUUCACUUCUGCAACAAAUAGCAGCAAAAAUUUAUGUCAUAAAUUUCUAUUUAGCAAUUUCAGGAAUUUUAUUGAACAUUGCUCAUCUUAUUAUUCUAUGCCAAUCCCUUAUGAGGAUUUCCAGUACCAAUUCUAUACUAAUGGGUAUUGCUUUCAGUGAUUUGGUGGUGUUAUCAGUAGUUAUUUAUGAUAAGAUUUAUCAGUUCUGGUUCGCUGAGCCAAUUACAAAGUGUAUCGAUGCUUUCGAGUAUAGUCAGUGGAUGGAUGAAUUGCAAAGGGACCUUCUAGAACAUUCAUCGCUUUGGCUUGGUGUAUUUUUGGCACUAAUAAGACUGAUAAUCAUGAAAAUUCCUAAACCAAACACAUCGAUUUCAAGGCCCGAUUUUGGAUAUGUUAUAGUGAUGAUAGUAUUUUCUAUAACUUUGAUGUCAACUGCUUUGUUUUAUUUUGGAAUUCGAAUUAACGCGUUCCCAGGAAUCACUAAGUCCGGAUGUCCAAUGCUCACCAUGGAAUUGAUAAACAAGCUAAAAAUGUUGGAAAUUUGCCAUGGUGGUUCUCAAAUAUUGAUUAGUUUGAUCUAUCCAAUUUUAGCGAUUCUUUUGGUUUUGUUGAUUUGGAAAUCCAGUAGGAAUUCCACGGUCAGCAGGAAAUGCCUAAAUGACAGACUUCGCUCAGCAAAAAUGAUUCUGAUCAUGACGAUUCUAUAUGUGAUAUGUUGUGGUCCUUAUGGGUUUCUGGAUUUUAUGAAUCUAAUCGUUCCAACAAACGAGUAUGUGAUAUUUUUACUGUUGGAUCCUAAACCUGUUUUUAUCACAUUUUUGUUCUGCUUCAAUUCUUUAUCUCAUUCGUUUCUCAAUUUUGUGAUGUCUUCAAAAUAUAGAGAAACAGCAAAAUCGCUGCUGCGUUUGAAGAAACAGAAAACCAUCGGAAUCACAGUAUCAAAUUCUACCAUCAGACCGAAUUGUCACCAUCACUGA